AUGGCCAAAGGCGCACGCGCAAGCAGCAAAAAGGCGAACCGCACCAAGCUGCGCGCCCGAGUUUUCGGCCCCGUCGAGCAGGCACGCGCCGAGCGCCUGCACGCCAGACUUCUCGAGACGAUUGCCCAGCCCAAGCCCGAGAGGACUGAGAUGGAAACCGAAGAAAUCAACACCACCGACGAUGCCGCCAAGGAGGACUUGCCCAAAGAUAUGGACGUCGACGCAACCGCCACCUCUGCGAAGAGCUCGAGCUCGCGCAAGACCAAGGACAAGAGCCAGACCCGGAAACAACUGCGACGCAAGCCCCAGAACAAGGUCUCCUUCCCUACUUCCCGAGGCAAGGGCGCACUGAAGCCCAAUGGUGGACGUCCCAGCGGCCCCGGCCGCAUCGGCAAACGACGAGCAUGA